AUGUGGCCGCGAUUCCUGAGCAGCUCGUCUCCCAUGGAGCGGCAUUAUUUUCUGGUGCCCAAGUUUGCGCUGAGUCUGAUCGGUUUCUAUCCGGAGCAGAAGCGCACCUGGGCGUUGCGUGCUUGGAGCUUCUUAAACUUCUUUAUCCUCAGCUAUGGCUGCUAUGCGGAGGCAGCGUUUGGCAUACAACAGAUACCCAAUAACAUAGCCCUCGCCAUGGAUGCACUGUGUCCGGUUGCCUCGAGUAUAUUGUCGCUGCUCAAGAUGUUGGCCAUUUGGUGGUACCGUGAGGAGUUCAAGUGGCUCAUUCAACGGAUUAGAAAGCUGACGGAACAGCAGCAAUCGGCGCGAAAAUUGGGCUACAAGCGACAUUGCUAUACACUGGCCACCCGGUUGACGACGUUACUCCUUUUCUGCGGUUUCUGCACCAGCACCUCCUAUUCAGUGCGGCAUCUACUGGAUAAUAUACUAAGGCACUCGCAUGGCAAGGAUUGGGUCUAUGAGACGCCGUUUAAAAUGAUUUUUCCCGAUCCGCUGUUGCGUCUGCCGCUCUAUCCGGUGACCUACGCGCUGGUGCAUUGGCAUGGCUACAUCACCGUCGUAUGCUUUGUGGGCGCCGAUGGUUUCUUUCUGGGUUUCUGCUUGUAUCUGACUGUGCUUCUUCAUGCCCUGCGCGAUGAUGUCUGCGAGUUGCUGGCUGUAGACAGCAUCCACCUGGUGCCCACGGCACUGGAGGAGGCGCGCAUUGUGCGCAAGAUGGAGCGGCUUGUCGAUCGUCACAACGAGAUCGCCGACUUGACGGAGCGUCUGUCGGGCGUCAUGGUGGAGAUUACGCUGGGACACUUUGUCACCUCCAGUCUGAUUAUAGGCAGCAGUGUGGUCGAUAUGCUGCUGUUCUCUGGCGUUGGCAUUGUUGUCUACGUGGUCUACACCUGCGCUGUAUUCACGGAAAUCCUCUUGUACUGCCUGGGCGGCACCUAUGUUACGGAGGCGUGCUCCGAUCUGGCGAGGAGCGCCUUUGCCAGCCAUUGGUAUGGCCAUAGCGUUCGGGUGCAGAAGAUGACGUUGCUUCUGAUCGCCAGAGCUCAGCGUGUGCUCAUUAUCAAGAUACCCUUCUUUUCGCCAUCCCUGGAGACGCUCACAUCGAUUCUGCGUUUUACGGGCUCGCUUAUUGCGCUGGCCAAGUCGGUUAUUUAGACUCCGAUCUUAAUCAC